UUCCAGACGGAAGGACAGUAACUAGAAACAGAACGGCGAGUGCCACAAGCGAGAACCACUGUGGCAAAGAAGGAUCACAAUGAAUUCCCCCGAAGAAACCAAUGAACUUCAGUCUUUGACAAUUGCCAGGAUUUUGGUCUGUGUGGUCCUGAGUUUGGCGUUUGGCGUCGGCGUCCCCGGGAACUCCUUUGUCGUUUGGACCAUUUGUAGAAGAAUGAAGCGACGGCCUUCAACAGUCAUCCUGAUCCUCCACUUGGCCAUCGCAGAUCUCCUGGUUCUCGUGACCAUGCCGAUCUGGAUCUACUCCUUCGCCAAUACUUGGCUCUUCCGAAUUGUCGCUUGCAAAGCCCUGGUGUUUGCUGUCUAUUGCAGCAUGUAUGCCAGCAUUUUCCUCAUCACAGCCUUGAGCCUCGAACGGUUUGUGGCAGUCUUUUACCCCUUUGCCGUCCAACGGUGGAAGCAGAAGACCAUCACCCACCUGGCGGUGGCUGUCAUUUGGUUGCUGUCCGUUGCCUUUGGAGCAACCAUAAUCCCCUUUCAGGAGCUUGACGAUACGGAGGUGGGCCUCCAAUGUACAGCUCGCGUAUAUGACACAAAGUCUCAGGAGAUUGCUUGUCUCCUGGUGGAGACCACUGUAGGCUUCAUCAUCCCCUUUGCCAUCAUCUCCAUCUGCUACAUUUGCAUUGGCAGGAGAAUCAGAGAAAUGGCUUGUCCAUCCAAGCGGAGAUCUGAAAAGCUGAUUGCUUCGGUGGUUGUGGCUUUUGGCCUCUGCUGGUUUCCUCAUCACAUCUUUAACCUGAUAAGCAUCGCUUCAGCUCUGAUGGAGCAUUCCCAUCCAGAAAUGGCUGGUGCCUUGGAGAAGGUUUCCGCCAUUGGGGUCUACCUUGCCAGCUCAGUAGCAUUUGUGAGCAGCUGCAUCAACCCGCUCCUUUACGCCUUUGCAGCCAGGAACAUCCGCAGCAGUGUGAGGUUGACAAAGUUGUCCAGGCUCUUGGAGCAAAUGAGCCCAUUGGUCAAGCAAGAAUCUGCAAAAGAUGCACCUUCGCCAAAUGGGAACGAGGAGACUUGGACAAACUCAGAGAUGAUCUGACGCAAGCGGUGAGAGAAAAAGGAGGUUUCGCAUCCACAGCCAGUCCUUUAUGUAGCCCUGUGAGAUUUACCAGCCCUGUGAGAUUUGCAGUGACUGACUUUUUAGAUUAGCUUUGUUUUGCUUGUAUUCAAGGUGCUGGAUAGGACCUAUAAAGACAUCUAAGGCUCAGAUCCAGGAUAGAUGAAGGGCCUUAAUUCUCUCUUAUGAACCUGCCUGGGUUAUGAGGUCGGUAUGAGGUAUAUAAUCCAUUUUCCAGCUCUUGGCAUACAACAGUUUUGCUGCUAUAAUCAUAUAAUACUUCACUUCAAAGUUUAUAGCUUAACAUUUCUCCUUAAGAGAUUCCCAACAAAAACAAUUACAGUCUUAAUUCAGUUCUACAUUUUAAAAUAGGUUGCAUUUUUUAAUUUUAUUUUUGCAUUUGUUCCUGGCAGCUUUUUGCUUUAUUACACAAACACCGCGUGUGAAAAGAAGUGCCUUGCUGUAUACCACAUUUCCAACAUUUACAAUGAUUUCUGCUUUUGGUUAUGUAAAAACUGCCAUGUUUUUCUUGCUUCUGUCCUGCAUCUAACAAGGAAACUUGAUCCGACAUUCAAGAUACUCUGUCGUGGUAAUGCUUUUCUUAGCCCAACACCAAGGAGCAAAAAUUAUGACACUGGCUUUCAGAGCACACUGGCUUCUUCAUUGGGUAAAGAUGGUAAAAAACGGAGAACAGGAGGAAAGGUGAAAUCAGAAUCUGCACUGUGAAAUCACUAAGGGCAAGAUCUCUUUGACAGACCAGGUUGAAUACCUCCCCAAACUACAAAUCCCAGGAUUAUGUAGGAUAAAGUCACAGCAGUUAAAGAAGUGUCAAACUGCUUCAAUUCUGCAGUGCAGAUGCACCUUUCCCUAGAAUGACACGGCUGUGACAGAUCUACUCAUCCAUUUCUUGCAAAUUGCCUCAUCCGCCUUCUAAGUUUUUUUAAAUAUUGCAAAAAAGGAGUUGCUUCACAUCAUGAAUCAAAACCAGAACUGAAAAAGCAUUACAAAAUAUUCUCUCACUCAUUCUGUGGAACUACGCAGAGGGUGACAUCUUGCCAGUUUCUUGUUGUUU